AUGUGGUUCUUAGGCGACGCGGCAGGAGGUGUGGACGGAGAGGGGGGGUUAUUGGGUAAGAGCGGACCAGCAGUGAGUAAAUCGCGCGUGUAUGACGCUACAACGGUUGGCGAGCCGGCUCUUGUCGGGGAUAAGACGAAGGCGUGGGAGAGGCUGCUGGCGGCGAAGGUUGUUUACCUUGGCGAAGCAGAGGUCGUUCGCGAUCCCACGGACAAGGCAGUGGCGCUCGAGAUCCUGCGCAAGCUGCGCGACGACUCGUUCGCAGCGGGUCGCCCGGUCACUCUCGCGCUCUCCGCGUUCCCGCGCUCCAUGCAACCUUUGCUCGACAAAUUCAUCGGAGGAAGGCUUCCAGAGGAUGAGCUCCAGGUGGCAGUCAACUACUGGCCCAAGGGCCGCUUUCAGGAAAUGUCACCACUCCUUCGCUACUGUCGUGAAGCAGGAGUUCGCCUAUUCGCGUGCGGUGUGCCCCCAAAGGUGCUUCGAACAGUGCAAGCGGGCGGUAUUCAAGCUCUUUCUCCGCCGGACCGCAAAAAGUACGCGCCGCCGCUCGGCGGCGGUUCGGCCGCUUAUCUGCGGCCCGACAGCACCACUGCCGUCCCUUCGUACGGAUCCGCUAGUAGCUCCGCGUUCGGCGGCGCCGCAACGGGCGGCUCGUCUGCAAUAGCUAAUGGCGGCAUCAGCAGCAUCAGCGGCGGAAACGGCGGGCUGCUGGGAAUCGAACCCAUCGCGAACGCUGCCGAACCUCUCGUCUCCCGAACCUCCUCCCGAGCCUCGUUUCCGUUCGGCCCGGGCCCGUACUGGUUCGCGCAGGCGCGUGUGGUGGAAGAUCACGCCAUGGCUGGCGCGAUCUCGCAGGCAAUGUCAGAAGGCGGGAAAAUCGGGCUUCUUGUCGUUCUCACCGGCGCGUCGCACGUGCGAUUCGGCGCCAACGGUCGCGGCGUGCCGUCGCGCGUCGCGGAGUGGCUGCGCGCGUCGCCGGCGUCGCAGGCCGUCGUGCUGCUGAACCCCGAGCGGCAGCGCGCGCGGCUCGAGUCGGACUUCCCCGAGGCGGAUUUCUUCUGGUACUCGGGCAGCUGGGCGUGCACGCGCAACUGCUUCGACCGCGCGGAGAUCGCGCGCGUGAUGGGCGCCGCGGGGCGCACCCCCGACGCGCUCCCGCGUGACCUGCAAGUCGGGAUCGAGCGCGGUUUGAUUUCCCCCGAUACGCUCCAGUCCUUUUUCGAGCUCGAGAACAACCCGCUGGUCGCGGAGGCGACGAAGCGGUUCCAGGGAUUGCGGGAGCGGUUCUACGCGGAUCCGCGAUUCCUGCAGCGGCUAUGCACGGAGGAGGCGAUUAGUAUCGCCACGUCACUCGCCGCCCAGUUCCAGAAGCGCGGGGAUCGAUUCUGGUCGGAGCUCGAAUACGUUUCCGCGGACAUUCUCCGCGGCACCGUGGUGAACUUCUUUUCGGUCUGGCUGCCCGCGCCGCGUCUCUCCUUCCGGGAUGCCGCGGGUCCGGCCGCGCAGGCGGCCGGGGGGGCAGCUGGGGAAAAACUUUUUGGCGGGCUGACCUCGUGGAUUUCCACGCUGCCCCACAACGCGUUUCAGAUGGCCGAGCCUGGGCAGAAUUUUGGCCUCGCGGAGCGAAUCGGAACGGUGGUGGUGGCGGGAACAAAACUCUUUUCGGUCGGAUUCGUUUCAAGCGUGGCGACGCUGUCGCUGACUAAUCUUCUGGCGGACAUGAAAAACAAGCUGCCUGCAAAAUCUAUUGAUCAGGCAGCCAACGGGCAGGUUACCACAGAAACGGAAACUGGAGUGGCAGGGGCGGUGGGAGGGGUGGUGGCAGGCUCGGGAACUGCUGCAGCAGCAACUGCAGGGGAAGCAGCCGCGAGUGGCAGCGGAUCUACAGUAACAAAAUCUACAGUGGCGAGAUCUCCCGUGUUCAAAACCGCACUGGUGUACGGCGCGUUCCUGUCCACAUCAGCGAAUCUGCGGUACCAGGCGAUUGCGGGGAUUGUGGAGCACUGGAUCGCGGAUUACUACCUGGCGUCCAAUCCGGCGGCGGGAACUGCUGUGUCGUUCCUCGCCCGCACUGCCAACUCCUACUGGGGCACCUCGCCUUCACUCGUCCCUGCUUACGCUGGCGCUUAUGCCACUGCCGAACCCGUCUUUGCUGCUCCUAACGGAGCUGCCUUUAACGAGUACCCUUCUGCUGCUCCAUUAGCUUCAGGUUCCGCUUUGACACCCUCUGCUGAUGCUGCUGCUGCUGGGUUUUCUGCCACUGGCACUGCCACUGGCACUGCCACUGGCACUGCUGCUGCUGCAGCUCCAUCUGCUGUAGUUUCAUCAGACAGCAGUGGGAUGGUAGAUGGGGAUGAGGCAGGUGCAGCAGCGUUGGGAGCAGAGGCAGCAGCAUUGGGAGCAGAAGCAGCAGCAACGGAUGUAGCGGCAGUUGUGGAGUUUGGAGAGGGGGCUGUAGCAGCCGUGCAGGCAGGGGCUCGUCUUGUUCCGGUGGAGGUGUUAUCUGACAGGGACGUGCUUUACCACCACAGUCAGCAACAUCAGCAGCAGCAGCACAAUUGA